UAUCUAAACUCGAUCUAGUUUCUAUAGUUUUAGCUAGCCAAACAAUCCGGCAACGCCGAUGGACUCGAAAGAUUGUCUACUCCGACUCUAAGCAUUUUGCAAUCAAUUUAGAUUUGCAUUAGCAGCGCUGCAGUCUCGAGAAGUCGGAGCCAGAGAUUUAGAGCCAAAAAUAAACCGAACCAGUUGCCGCAGCGCCGAAAAGUCAAAUGUGUAACAGCUAAAGCUCGAAGAGAGGCCCAAAGAAAGUCGAGAUCGCAGCUGAGACAGAAGACUAAAGACCAAAGACUGAAGUCUUUGUAGACUGUAGACCGAAAACUGGAGGCUGUGGACCGAAGACGGCGACUGAGAGAGUUGAAAUAUUGUAAUUGUGAGUCGGGCUUGUUUGUUAUUGUUGCCUUAGCGGUUGCUUGUUGUUUUUUCGGCUUGAUUAAUAAUUAAUCGCACUCGCACACACACACACACACACAAAAACACUCGCUUGUUUUAAUUACUCAACUUAAAUGGCGCUUUGAGCGACUUAAGCAACUGCUUUUGUGUUCGAGAGUAUAUAUGCGAUCGACUCUCACAACUACGAGCUCAAAACUAACUAACUAGCUGCUGGUUGUUUUUGUAGUUGCUGCUGGGCCGCCGAUGUUGCUGCCGUGCUGUUGCUGUUGCUGCUGUGCUGUGCUGUGCUGUUGCUGGUGUACUGUUGUUGCUGCUCGGCUCUGCUCCGUCUCCGGAUCGCUUUUGCCUGCCUGUUUGCCUUGCCUCGGCCGCUUUGGACGCUCAUUCAGUUUUUUGCGCUCAACGCUCGUUGUACGGAACCGAAAAAGCGUUCGUCCAGAGUGUGUGUGUCGCCAAAUCGAAAAGAUCGCAUUUUACAAGCCGCCUGACACGAAUCCCCAUAGUCUCUAAUCACUUUUUUUCUGCUGUUGUAAUCUUUCGCGGUUUUUGCGGCCAUUAAAUAAAGUAAAAAUAAGAGUUAUCGCUGAUAGUCGCGCCUGAAGAACAGCACAAAAACACAUCUCUCGAAGUUCUCUCGUUUCCGCGAUCGCUCAUCGUCAGCCUCUCCGAUUUGUUGAUACCGAUUCGGAAUCAAAUAAAUAUAUUCGUAUCCAACGCUUGUAUCUCGCGUGUGUGUGUGUGUGUUGGUGCGAGUGAUGUAUCUGUGUGUAUCAGAUCCAAAAGCAAAGUAGCCAAAAAUCUAAGCUUGGCCAGCGAUCAUCAUCAUCAUCAGCAACCAUGUGAAGUGCCAGUGAUUUCCAUAAGCUAAAAUCGAAAUCGCCAUAGAGAGAUAGGUCGAAGUAUCUUGUGGAUAUCUGAGUCGAACCUGUGUAUAAUGUAUGCAACGUUCGCGAACUGCCAGAAUUGGUUGUUGUUGCAGUUGCAGCCAAAGGAUUUGUGGAUUUUGGAGCGUAACUGAUCGGCGUGCAACAGGUGCACCAGAGUUGCAAGCGACCAUGCGCGCAUGGCUUCUACUCCUCGCAGUGCUGGCGACCUUUCAAACGAUCGUUCGAGUUGCUAGCACCGAGGAUAUAUCCCAGAGAUUCAUCGCCGCCAUAGCGCCCGUUGCCCACCAGCUUCCCUUGGAAGGAUCGCGAUCACGGUCAGGAUCAGGAUCAGGAUCAGUAUCUGGUGGAGCAGGAGGAUCCGGAGCAUCCGCCACCAGCACAGCAUUAGCAAAAGCAUUUAAUCCAUUUAACGAACCCUUGUCGUUCAGUGAUAGUGAUAAAAGCCAUCUGAGAAAAAACAACAACAACAACAACAAAAAACGUAGCAAAAGUGACGCGAACCGACAGUUCAACGAAGUGCAUAAACCAAGAACAGACCAAUUAGAAAAUUCCAAAAAUAAGUCUAAACAAUUAGUUAAUAAACCCAACAAAAUGGCUGUCAAGGAGCAUAAUCAAAACAAGAAGAAGCACCAUCAUCAACGCAGCCACCAACAGCCAAAGGCCACCAGCCCGGCCAGCCAGUCCACAGAAUCUCAUCAAUCGUCGAUUGAAUCAAUCUUCGUGGAGCAGGAGCGGGAGCCAACGCUGGUGCUCGACCGCGAGGUGGCCUCCAUCAAUGUGCCGGCCAAUGCCGGGGCCAUCAUCGCCGAGCAGGGCCCGUCCACCUACAGCAAGGAGGCGCUGAUCAAGGACAAGCUCAAGCCGGACCCCUCCACUCUAGUCGAGAUCGAGAAGAGCCUGCUCUCGCUGUUCAACAUGAAGCGGCCGCCCAAGAUCGACCGCUCCAAGAUCAUCAUCCCCGAGCCGAUGAAGAGGCUCUACGCCGAGAUCAUGGGCCACGAGCUCGACUCGGUCAACAUCCCCAAGCCGGGACUGCUGACCAAGUCGGCGAACACAGUGCGAAGUUUUACACACAAAGAUAGUAAAAUCGACGAUCGGUUUCCGCAUCACCACCGGUUUCGCCUGCACUUCGACGUUAAGAGCAUUCCCGCCGACGAGAAGCUGAAGGCGGCGGAGCUGCAGCUGACCCGGGACGCCCUGAGUGCGCAGGUGGUGGGCAGGACGUCGUCCGCGAAUGCCAAUCGCACCCGCUACCAGGUGCUCGUCUACGACAUCACGCGGGUGGGCGUGCGCGGUCAGCGGGAGCCGAGCUACCUGCUGCUGGACACCAAGACGGUCCGGCUGAACAGCACGGACACGGUGAGCCUCGACGUCCAGCCGGCCGUGGACCGGUGGCUGGCAAGUCCGCAGCGCAACUACGGACUCCUGGUGGAGGUGCGGACGGUGCGCUCGCUGAAGCCGGCGCCGCACCACCACGUACGGCUGCGGCGCAGCGCGGACGAGGCGCACGAGCGGUGGCAGCACAAGCAGCCGCUCCUGUUCACCUACACGGACGAUGGGCGGCACAAGGCGCGCUCCAUACGGGACGUGAGCGGGGGCGAGGGGGCGGGCGGCGGCAAGGCCGGGCGGAAUAAGCGGCAGCCAAAUCGAAGACCGUCACGGCGCAAGAACCACGAUGACACGUGCCGACGGCACUCGCUCUACGUGGACUUCUCGGACGUGGGCUGGGAUGACUGGAUUGUGGCGCCACUGGGCUAUGAUGCGUUCUACUGCCACGGGAAGUGCCCCUUCCCGCUGGCCGACCACCUCAACUCGACGAACCAUGCGGUGGUGCAGACGCUGGUCAACAACAUGAAUCCCGGCAAGGUGCCGAAGGCGUGCUGCGUGCCCACGCAACUGGACAGCGUGGCCAUGCUCUAUCUCAACGACCAAAGUACGGUGGUGCUGAAGAACUACCAGGAGAUGACCGUGGUGGGCUGUGGGUGUCGAUAGAUUCGCUGCCACCACCACCACCAUGGCGAUGGUCAUCCACCCAAGUGGAAAUCGCGAGCGAGAGAGCAUCAAAUGCUGUUUGGUUCCAAGCCGUCAAUGCUUUAAACACAACGCAAACAAAAUGGACUGAAUAUUUGAAUUUUAAGUGUAAAUCAUUAGACUUUAAUCGUAUGGAGUAACCAGCGGCAGCCACGCCCACAUCCCAUAGAGCCACGACCACCCACCGCCGACCUUGGAGCCUCUGUCAGUUUCCCCAGCCAGGCUGGGGGAAAAUCCCAGAUCAGAGUGAUUUUGAGUGAGAAGAGUCCACUGUAAAUAGCCGCCAUGCCACGCCCCCAAGAAACAGCCACCCCCCAACCACCCAUCCGUCAGAUACUUCAGAUAUUAGAUACUUUCGUAUCUGUGUGAGCUGCUGCUGCUGCUGCUGAAGAAAAAGAAGAGUAAGAGUAAGAGCGACCAAUUGAACAAAUUGUAUAAAAAUGCUAUAAUAUAUUUAACAACUUUAUCGAUGCGAACUGGUAUCUUUGUAUGUACAUGUUUGUGGAAAGGAGAACUAUUCUACUAGCCGUUUUUUUUAUGGAUAAUUUUAUAAAAGCAAUAGCAAACCAUUUGUAAAUUAACUAGCGAGAGUAUAAUCGAAUAAUGACUUGAAAUUACUUAGGAACUAUCAGACCUAAACACAUACCUAGUUGUAGUAAACUGAUAUUGCAUAUUGUAACUCUCUUGUAUAUGUACUAAAUACCUAUAUACUUUAUAUGCAAUACACACACUAGCGCACACCCUCAUCCAUAAGCACACACAAACACACACUCACACAUAUCGACGAAAGGGUAUUGAAACUUCUUUCCGAAUUCAACUAAACGUAACUGUAUAAACAAAACGUAUGCUCUAUAAAUAUAUGAAUAACUAUUUACAUCGUUAUGCGUUAUAAGCUAAGCUCGAAUAAAUCCGUAAACGUUAAUUAAUCUAGAAAUUUAAGACCUAUCGCUUAAGCUCAGCAUGUUGGAUAAAUUAAUAGAAACGAAAGAAAAAAAAAAACAAAAAACCCACAAAAAGAAACCACGAUGAAAGGAAAA